AUGGCUAUGAAGUGUGUUAUCAGCCUGUCCUCUCUCUUCCUGCUGGGUCUGAUCAUUGCCUACCACAUCUGUGAGGUGCAGCUCUACAUCCAUGAUAAUGGAUCAGAGGACUGGCAAAUUGCCAUGACAACAGAGCGGGUGAGCCUGAUCACCCUGGAGCUGUUUGUAGCGGCGGUGCACCCGUUCCCAGUGGGUCUGCCAUUGUCAUGGCAAGCCAUGUCCCCCAUGCUGUCAGAGACAGAGCUGGAGAUCGUGCUGGCUCUGCCCAUGUUCCUGCGACUCUACCUCCUGGGUCGUGCCUUGAUGCUGCACAGCCGACUCUACACAGACACCGCCUCGCGCAGCAUUGGCGCCCUCAACAAGGUCAACAUUGGUCACCAUGCAAGUGAUGCAGCCUCUCCCUCAAAUCUUAGUUACUUGCUUUAAUGGACCUGUACAUACUCAGGUUGUACAAUAGCCGGAAUGGUUUUGACUUGAAGUUCAGUAGUAAGUACCUUCUCCUUCAAAUCGAAACGAAUGUAAAGCAGCCCAUUGGAUUCCACAACACUUCCAGUAGCUACUCACCCCAACGCUAGGUGUUGCAUUUUCAUAGAAUCCAAUGGGCUGCUUUAGCAUUGGCUAGCCGAGCAUGCUGACAAAAAAGGCAGUUUAAUAAAAACUAGUAGUAUUUCAAUCUUCUCGAUAUGGGAUACUUAGAAGUACAGCUACAUCUUCCAUCCGUGGAUUGAGGUACGUUUUCAAGCCAUAUCCCUCAUUUGUCACUGUGGGUCAAACAUACAGUGGGGGAAAAAAAGUAUUUAGUCAGCCACCAAUUGUGCAAGUUCUCCCACUUA